AUGAGAAAGGCGGAGUUCUUGAUGUCUGGUACCAAAAAUCAAGCACCUGACAACUGCGCUGGGUACAUAUACGUACUUUUGUUGUUUGACACUGUAGCACUUGUAAUGAUGGUAGUAAGGCGCUCAAUUGCUUACUUGAAGUACCACAUUACAAACGCAAGAGACUGGUUUGCCGCUUGCAAUGACUCAACCCUUGGAACUACCGUGCAAACGCUUGGAACACACCCGAUGGACCCGGUUACCUUUCGAACACCUUCAUUGCAAACCAAGUCAACUCAGACUUGCAGUGACCCUUUUCGUACACCAGAACCCACCCAAAGCGAUGUGUUCAAUUUUUCUUACCCAAGUAGCUUCUCAAGUGAAAUAUCAGACGACGGCCCGCUUGCUCCCACACCAGGUGAUCCCUUCCUUGCUCCUGGCUCAACCAAUAACCGCGAGCUUGAAUUUUUGGGUACCAAUCACAAUAACACUUUGAUUGACCCUUCAUGUUUCCUACGUACAGCAAAUUGGUCGCCCGCUUUGACUUCCAGUGGUAUUAGUAUGCUAUUGGAUGCUGCUGAUGUGAUAUCUCACUGGCACGCUGACAGCCCCAUCACUCACAAAAACCGAGGCAGAGCAGAAGUUCUCAUGGACAUUGACACUGAUCAAUUUCGAACUCAUGGCUCAGAGAGAUCUUCUGUUGAGAAUGUCCAGAAAGAACAUAAAUUCAUAUCUCCUCUACCAACUCCUAGCUUACAUAUCGCUUCUGGAGUCCACGAUCAACUGCAAUCAUCAUCAAGGCACAGCUCAGAAUACACCACUUUUGGAGCUUCUGACAAACAACAUAGUCGAUUUUACUCACUCAGUCGUUUUCAAGAUUCUGGAUCGGGCGUUUUUAAUCAACUUCAAUCACACUCUCUUGAGAGCUCUGCUUUUGAAGCUGGUAUGAUAAGGUAUCACCCAUACCCCAGUUAUAGACACCAAAAUUCUCCUCCUGGAAUUGUCAAACAGCUUCGAUCACGUGGCGUAGAGAGCUCUUCUAUCAGAGCGGGCAUCAGAAGGGAUAAAUUUAGAUCUUCAUCACCUCCUCUCAGCUUACAACAUUCUGCUUCUCAAGAGCUUCUGCUUCCUCCAAAUGAUCACAUGUUUGAGGGUGAUGUGCCUUCAGCGGCGGAAUUUGAAGGAUCUGAGAAUGGAGGAAAAAAAGUCUUGACCUGCAAGAUAGAGGAAGCUAUGCCAUCCAUCUCCAACUGCGAGUGUAGGCUCUCUGCCACACAUUCUAUUUUGGCAUCUGCGCUUGGACCCCUUGAAAUUCUGCUUAAAAGCAACACAUGCGAUGGAUAUAAGUAUAAAGAGACUGCGCAUAUUUUUUUGAAGAUAUUUGAUGAAGUUCGAGAGGUGCAAGGCUGUGUUGGACAUGUUCACAAUUGCCCAAAUUCAGAAAUCUGA